AUGGAAUAUUUCCUUCCUCCCACCCCCUGCGAUCAGAAAUUGGGCUAUUUCUCCGUAGACCAUCCUCUUCAAUUCCUACGGUUCUCUUUCGCGAAGUUCCUCCAAUUUGAAGCCUACGACAGUCAGCAUUACCUCACCACCUCAGGGAACAAAUCAUCCCUAGCCCACAUGGCCAAUUCGACAUCAUUGGCAAACCAAGCUUGCGUUCGACAAGCGCUAGAACACGCCCGGAACUCCGAAGAUGGCCCUGAUAGUCGAACAAGUGCAAUCCUCGAGGCCGCCAUCACAGACCUAUGGCGCCGGAUAGAAAGUCAGCCUGACACCUACGUACUGAACCGUGACGAAUUUGCAUUGUUUAAUUAUUUUCUGUAUCGAUACACUGGUUCGACUGUCGCUCAGAGUGCGGUGCAGCGGUUUUGGAACAAUUAUCGACCCGGCUCGAGUGCCGACGGAAGCAAGUCAUAG